UUACUGAAAGCGGCGCACGUAACAUCAGUGGGGGUGAUAGCGAGCGACCGAGGUUUGGUUACUGCCAAAAAGUCAACAAAUGAAGAAGACGCCGCUCCGCAACAAGACAGUCUGGACGCAAUUAAUGUAGCAGGGUAUCAAGAAAGAACAUGGAAACUAGUCCACGGCUGCAGAGCCUAUUUUAAAAGUUUCAUUUUAUUUUUCAACCCGGAGACGGUUCUGAAAGUUGUUUUGGAGCGUCUUUGGCCAAAUCCAGGGAUUUUGGAGCAAACAUGGCGGCUACGGAAACUGGCGAUGGACACCAACGUCUGGCCACCAAUCAAGUCCUGUCUGCCCAAGUCGUUGGCGCGGUAACGGAGGGGACAGGCGGAGAUUCCCUGGAAACUGUUUCAGAGCCAGGAGUAUCAGUGGAUGUGGGAGACCCAGAGCUUGUUCAUGGACCUUCUCCUAGACACUCUGAACAUGGAAAGGAGGAUAACUUUGCUGCUGAAAAAGUAACUGAAAGUAACAAAACUGAUUAUAAUGGAGCCAAGGCCACUGUGGGGCCCUCUCCUGUAAAUCCUUGUCCUUCAGAGUCGUCUUUCUCUGCAGAAGAGGCAGUCAGCACAGUUUUGGUUCAAGGUGGUGAGCCAGAAAGCACGUCAGAGACUGAGAAAGAGGGUACUGAGGUGAAAGCCGAGGAAGACUUUGAGUUAAAUGAAGAAAAUGUGGCAGUAAAGGACCACAGUUUAAAGGAAAGUCCUGCAGAAACUGACGUCAGUGAGGACUCAAAUAUGGACAAAACAUCUGACCACAACAAGGAAAUAACAAACACAGGUGUAAAGAAGGACCCAGACAUCGACACACAACAGGAACUGGUGUCUGCACCCGGUAAAUUGAGGGUUUCUACAAUGGACGACCUUGAUGAGAUGAUGGACAUUGGUACAGUGGAUCAGAUGGAACAGGAAGCUCAGAUGAAAGAGGAGGAACACAGCAGUUUGAUGGAUGUGGAUAGCAGCUGGUCGCCUGCCAUUUCAAACACAGCCUCAUUGGCAGAGGACAGUAACUCAGUUAUGGAGGAAGCUGAUGUCAAGCCCACUGUAAUACCACCACCCACAGAGGAGGACCAAGUGGAGGACAUGAAAGCAGCAUCGGACUCGGUGCAGUCGAGGUCGUCUCCAUCAUCUGAAGCUACGGCAGGUACAGGAAGGGACAGUUCAUCUCCAGCAGCUACGAUCAACGGGAUGAAAGUAGUUAAGCUAAACACUGAGGAACAGUUAAAUGAUCCCUCUCAGCCAAUCAAGUCUUCUCUUUCACCACCUUUGGUGAAAGUGAAGGAUGAGCCUGCAGAUGAUGAGUACGAACAAGCCCUAAUAUCCUCUACAUCUACAGCAAGCGUGAAAGAUGAGCCCAAUACUGCAAAGGACGACUUGAGGAUUGGAUCGGUCUUCUCUGUGACCCCCACUGUCGAAUCACAGACGCUGCCCACCAUCAACCCGUCAAUGUUGCACAUGUCCUGUUCCCACUGCAAGAAGAGCCUGAUGAAGGGACAGACCGCUUUCCAGAGGAAGGGCUCCCCAGCUCUCUUCUGCUCCACCUCCUGCCUCACCACCUCUCUGCCCGCGGUCAAAGAAACCAUUAAGAUCUGCCACAACUGCCAAAAGUUGAUCUUUCGGCCUCAGGACGUCAUCCUGGCUCCAGAUGCUAAAGGAACCAUGAAGGAGUUCUGCAGCCAGAACUGCCUGACCGCCUUCAACUACAAGAAACAUGCCGCCAGCUACAGCAUGUCCGCCGGCGCCAAAAAACCACCGCAACCAAUAGCACCGCAGCCACUCUGCAGCAUGUGCACCAGAUACUGCAUUAGCAAACACGAGGUGAUCCUGAGCGGUGCUGUCCAUAAGCUCUGCAGCGACGCCUGCUUUAAACGUUUCCGAACGGUAAACAACCUGUCCAUGGCCGGCUGUGCAAACUGCGGCUCCUACUGCCACAACAAACCCCUGAUGCUGAAGAUGGAAGGCAGCAACAAAACUGUGUGCAAUGCAGAGUGUUUGGCCAAGUACAAAGAGAAAACUAAGACAAACCAGCCUUGUACGAUGUGUCGCACCUCUCGGUUGCUGGCAGACAUGGUUGACAGCAAGAACAGCGAUGACUCGGUGAAUCUCUUCUGUAGCAGCAGUUGUGUGAUGGCGUUCAAGGUCCAGACUGUCAGUGCCUCAGGUGCUCGGUUGAAUUGUGACAGCUGUGCGAAAAACACAGUGCCGGCCUACCACCUGGCCAUGUCGGACACCUCCAUCAGGAACUUCUGCACUCUACCUUGUGUCAUGGCUUUUCAGGAGAAGUUCAAGAAGUCCCAGAAUAAGGUGAACGUUUUCACCAAGUUACCCAUCGGAUCCACCCAAAUCCAGGCCAUCACUCCUGUCCAGCCUCAGCGAGAUGUGCCCAAAGAACCACAGAAACUGAACUGCUCGCAGUGCAACCGCCUCAUAACCUUUAAACCUGAACUCAUCCAGAUCAAGGACAAGAUGGUUUUCGUGUGUAGCGUGGACUGUUCGCUCGAAUUCAAGAAAGCCAACUUUGUGACAUCGCUGUGUGAAUACUGUAAGAUGGAGAAGAUCACCAGAGACGCCAAGAGGAUUAACAACAAGGACUGCUUCUUCUGUAGCGACGGCUGUAAGCUCCUCUUUCGACACGAUUUGACUAAAAACUGGGGGAAACACUGUCACUCCUGCGUCUACUGCCACUCCGUGUCCAAGAAGCUGGUGACGGCGCAGUAUGGAGGCUCGACCGAGGAGUUCUGCUCUGAGGACUGCAGGUCCAGAUACACCAUGCUCUUCUGCCACGUUGCAAAGUGUGACACCUGCAGCCGCAAAGGGAAACUGAAGCAGAGUCUCGCCAUGCUGGGAGAGGUCAAACACUUCUGUGACUUGACUUGUCUGCUGCAGUUUUGCUGUGAAAAUCAGGCCACACAGGGUGAAGUCUGCAAAGGAUCUGCAGGCACAGGGGAGGCCACACCUGUCAUCGCCAACGUCGUCUCGCUUGCAGGCCCUCUGACAGGAAAAUCCAAUGCAUCUGACCAAGCAGUCCAGCAAAGCACAGUCUCUAACUUUCCACCAAAGAGCUCUGGAAAUAUCAGUAUUCAGACGGACGCAGUGAAAACUCACCCUCCAAAAAUCCUGAAGAACAAAGCCCUGUUGUGUAGACCGCUGGUGCAGAACAAAGGGGUCUCUUGUAGAACACAGACAGUCGAUGGCGAAGCACAAACAGAUGACAUUUUCCCUAAAGUCAUGGUUGUUCCUGUCCCAGUGCCAGUGUAUGUUCCUGUACCCAUGAACAUGUACACCCAGUGUACCCCCAGAACUGUGGGCCUACCAUUACCAGUGCCUGUGCCCAUGUUCCUUCCUGUGACAAUGGACAGUGCUGAACGCAUCGUGGAAACCAUCCAGGAGAUCAAGGAAAAGAUCCCGUCUGACCCCUACGAAGCAGAGCUCAUCCUCAUGGCUGAGAUGGUUGCAGAACAAGAUGAGAAAGAUGACAAAAAGGAGAGACCAAAGGAGAAAGUGGUGGAGAAGGAGACAGUGAGACAAGAAGCAUCUGCUCCAGAUGACCGCACCAGUAACUACAGCGAUGACUUGGACACAGACGACUUAGCCAGUUUCCUCAACAACUGGGAGGAAGCCUCCUCAGAUGCCGGUCUCAGGUCUCCCAGUCAACUGUACUCCCAUGAGAAGCUCAACCCGAACUUGGACAUCCCUGUGGGCGUGUCCAGCGAGUCUUAUGCAGAGGCCCCACCUCCAGCAACGCCUCCCAUGGACAUCGAAGCUGAUGUCACUGUUGAAAUACUGGAGAAAACAGCUCGGCUCAGAGAGCAUUCCCAGCGGUCCCCGAGCCCUCCACCUGCUGCUCCACGACGUCGACAAGCUCACAGGAAAGCCCGUGAAAAGAAGGGUCGUAAGUCACAGCGGUUGUCUAAGGGAGCUGAAGCGUCCUCUCAAAAAGGCUCUUCGAACAAGGCCAAGGCUUUAGAUGUCCCAAAGCUGAAGAGUCAGUAUGGCGUCGACGCCUGGAAGCGAUGGAUCCAGUGGAGGCAAACUCAAACCAACCUAGAGAAGCCACGCUUCGGUUCUCGUCCCAUGGAGUUGAAGGAGGAUGUUCUUCAGUGCACCACUGCUGAGCUGAGCUAUGGCCUGUGCUGCUUCAUCAAUGAGGUGAAACGACCAAAUGGAGAGCCCUACUCCCCCGACAGCCUGUUCUACCUCUGCCUCGGUAUUCAACAGUACCUGUUUGAGAAUGGUCGUGUGGAGAACAUAUUCAUGGAUCGGUUCUACAAUAAGUUCUCCACUGAGUUCACUAACAUGCUGAGGGGUUUCAAGCCGUCAAUCACAGCAAGCGGUUAUAUUCAUUCCCGUGUGGAGGAGGAGUUUCUGUGGGACUGUAAACAGUUGGGGGCGUACUCCCCCAUCGUCCUCCUCAACACUCUGCUCUUCUUCUGCUGCAAGUACUUUGGCUUCACCACGGUGGAGCAGCACCGCCAGCUGUCCUUCGCUCAUGUCAUGCGCUGCACCAAAACCAACCAGAACUACACCAAGACCACCUUCCUGCGCUUCUACCCCCCAAUAUCCAUAAAUGACACGGAGUCAGAUCCAGAGGUUCCAGCUAAGAGGCGUAAGGAGGAGGAGAGUAAAGAGGAAAUCCUGGAGAUGAUGGAGAACACUGAGAACCCUCUCCGCUGUCCUGUCAGACUCUAUGAGUUCUACCUGUCCAAGUGCUCUGAGUCAGUCAAGCAGCGCACCAACCUCUUCUACCUUCACCCCGAGCGCUGCUGCGUCCCCAACAGCCCACUGUGGUUCUCCUCCACUCCUCUGGAUGACAGCACCAUGGAGGCCAUGCUCAUCCGCAUCCUCACCGUCAGAGAGCUGCACCUCACGACAGGAAAAGAGGAGCAGCAGAGCCCUGAUGACCCACCAUUUGUACCUGGAGAAGAAGAUGGGGAUUCAGAAUGAUGAAGAGCAGUUAAAACAGAAGUGACCUUUUAUUGGUGCAGCACCUUGUUGUGUAAAUGUUUGUAGAUUAACUAAAAUGUUCACGUAAAAACGGCACAAUAAAGAGAAACGAGCAGAGUAAAUCUCUCACAUACAUAACUGCAGUGUGCUAAACUGCACAUAAAGUCAUACUUCCUAAACCACAUGUUGAUCAGGAUUUAUAGAAGAGCUUCACACGCAUGGUGUUUGUGUGGUUUGGACAUGGAAGCGCUCAGCAGGAGACAUUGUUGUAUUUCUGUGUUUUCUCUGCUGAAUAGUUACUUCUCAAGGAUUAUGCUACUUUCUUUCUUCCACAUAUUAUGAUUCCUUAAAGUCCUGUGCUUGUCUUUUAUCAAAAGAAUUACAAUGAAAAGCCACUUUGAUUCAGCGAUUCCACCCCAGAAGAAAACUGAACGUUUAUCUGUGAUGAAGUUGAUUGCCAACCAUUGUGCUGAGUGGCAAACUUGUAUUCGAGUUUAAUUUUCAACGAUGCAUCAAUUGCACGAUUUGAUGUCAAUCUCUAAGUGAAAUGAGAUUCUUUACAGUUUUUACACCCUGAUGUGUGCAGGAAAGUCAUUCUUUUAGGAAAUACACUUGACAACAAAAUCAUAUCCAGUAAUCAUUUGAAAUCACAGAUUUGGUCAUACCAAAGUGUGACAUGAUUGUCGAUUUUUCCUUUAUAUCUACUGUUACAAGUGGUGUUCUGGAGGAUUGUCCAACCUUCUCAAAUGUUCAAAAUAAUAUUCAACAUAAACUCUUUUCUGUUCAUCACAUAAUCUUGUUUUCAAAGGUUUAGUCACUCAAUUGUGAGAUUACAGAGUGGCCUUCCAUUUUUGAAAAUUUUUAAAAAAUAUAUUUCCUGUCUCAUCAAUAGACAUUGACAAAUAUUUAUCACAAGUGUCCAGAUGACACUGGGAUUAAAAAUGCCUUUGUAAUUGCUACUACAGUGAAGAAAAGUAUCUUUGAAUGUAGAUGAUAUCACUGUUUAAAGAAAAGCUGAAAGCUCCUAUGCCAUGUGGCAGAACCCCAUCUUCUUGACUGAACAAAGAAAUGAACAGAAGAGUUUGAGUGCUGAGUAACGUUUUUGAUUAUGUUGUUUCAUCCAAGUUGUUGAGUUUUUGUAGAAAAUGACCACGUUGUAUAAAGAGAAAUUAACGAAAUACUGUCCGUUCAUGUAUAUCUUGGUUAUAUUAACCCCCAGUCCCCAGUAUGGCUGCCAAUGCUCUGAGUAUUUUCUAUUGUAUGUUUGUGUGUGCGCGUGUGUGUUUUUAAUAAAAACAUUUCAAAA